CUAAAAACAUGUUUUUGGAAUUAUUUUUAGGUUUUCUAACAUUUUUAUUAAUAUGGGACUUCAUCCAUAAACGAAGAAAAAAUAAGUUUUUUGAAAAUGCGGGAAUAACAGGGCCAAAAGGCCUACCGCUUUUUGGCAAUGUUUUAAGCACAAUUAAUGAGAAUACUGAGACAAUAUUUGAAUUCAUUAAAGGAAUGCGAAAUGAAUAUGGCAAGAUAUGGAGAAUGUGGUUCUUUCAUCAGGAGGGUCUCUUUGUGCAAGAUCCUAGAUUUUUUGAAAGCAUAUUGAGCAGUCAACAAGUUAUUUCCAAAAAUAAAUUAUAUAAUCUAGUAGCUCCGUGGCUUGGUAAUGGUUUACUAUUGAGCACAGGAGCUAAAUGGCAUGCGAGAAGAAAGAUUUUUACGCCGACUUUUCAUUUUAAGAUAUUGGAACAAUUCGUUGAAAUUUUCGAUCAACAAAGUGCAGUUAUGGUAAAAACUUUAUACGAAAAGGCUGAUGGUAAAACUGUAAUAAACAUGUUUCCAGUAGCAUGCCUCACUGCUCUAGAUAUAAUAGCCGAAACCGCGAUGGGUGUAAGGAUCAAUGCACAGAUGAACCCAGAUUUCCCUUAUGCCAAGGCUGUCACAGAAGUUGCUAAUAUUGUUGCUACACGCUUCAUAAAAGGCAAUCAACGCUUUGAUAUACCUUUCAUGAUUACUGCACCACAUAUAGCAUACAGAUUAAAUAAGCAUAUAGCACUCAUGCAUAACUUUACGGAUACGGUAAUCAAGGAUCGCAGAGUUGCAUUGGAAAAAUCAAUUGCAGAAGGAAGCAAUACACCAUUAGAUGUAUCAGACGACAUGGGAGUUAAAAAGCGAAUGGCUUUUCUAGACGUUCUACUACAAUCAACAGUGGAUGGCAAACCUCUAACAAAUGCUGAUAUACGUGAGGAAGUAGAUACAUUUAUGUUCGAGGGACAUGAUACUACUACAAGUGGCAUAUCUUAUACAUGUUACCUUAUAGCCAGACAUCCAGAAAUUCAACAGAAACUUUUUGAUGAAAUACGAGAAGUUAUUGGUGAUGAUAAGAACAAACCUAUCACAAUGAAAGAUCUACAGGAACUUAAGUAUUUAGACAUCGUCAUCAAAGAAAGCCUACGUUUUUAUCCACCAGUACCAAUAAUUGGGCGCAUUACUGAUAGUGACGUAGUAAUAGAUGGCAAAUUGAUACCUGCAAACACAAAUAUAAUUUUGUUACUUUAUGCAGCUUUGAGAGAUCCGGAUUAUUUCUCAAAUCCAGAUAAAUUUAUACCAGAACGUUUUCUGAAUGAAAAAAUUGAUCCGUUUGCAAAUGUUCCUUUCAGCGCUGGUCCACGUAAUUGUAUUGGUCAGAAGUUCGCUUUAUUGGAAAUGAAGAGCACUAUUAGUAAAUUAUUGCGCCAUUUUGAACUUUUACCAUUGGGUGCAGAAGUAAGACCAAUGCAAAAUUUGAUUCUUCGUUCUGCGAGUGGUAUUAAUGUGGGACUUCGACCUAGGGUAUAUUCAUAGUUUAAGAAUGUAUUGGGAUUUAUAAUUGUGUGUAAAUAGUUAUAUUUAAUUUUUUAAAUGUUAUUCACAAGUCUAUAGGAAUUGGACUUUAGUUUUAUGUAAUCUAUAAAUUUAUUAUGAUUGAGAAUGUUUAAAGGCCACCUAAAUA